AUGGCCAAAAUUGACUGGCAUGUCAUUCCGUGUCUGUGUGUCAUGUAUUUGCUCGCGUUUUUAGAUCGUGUCAAUAUUAGCAAUGCAGCCAUUCUAGGCUUGCAGGAAGACCUGAAUAUCGAGUCCGGGACAAAAUACAACACUGCCUUGACCAUCUUUUUCGUACCGUAUAUCAUCUUUGAAAUUCCGUCGAACAUUCUGCUGAAGAAACUGAACCCGCAUGUCUGGUUAUCACUUUGCAUGUUUGGCUUCGGCCUUGUCAUGGUAUUCCAGGGCCUUGUGCAGAACUGGGGUGGCUUAAUGGCCACUCGCUGGUUUUUGGGCAUGUUUGAGACCGGUCUAUUCCCCGGAUGUUUCUAUCUUAUGGGCAUGUGGUACAAGCGCAGCGAAGCCCAAAAGCGAUUCAGUUUUUUCUUCGGCUCGACCACACUCGCCGGUGCAUUUGGCGGGCUGUUGGCGAGCGGAAUCGGCAAGAUGGAUGGUCUCCGUGGCUAUGGGGGCUGGCGCUGGGUGUUUAUCAUCGAGGGAGUGAUUACCUGUGUGGCUGCGAUGAUCUGCUUUUUCAUCGUGCCUGGUUUCCCAGAGGAUGUCAAGUGGCUCACUGAAGAAGAGCGGGAAUUCAUCCGCGACAAGCUGGCGGAUGAUGUCGGUACAUCUGCUACACAUGUCAAUGUCGGAUGGCGGGACGUGCUGGCUGUUUUCAAAGACUACAAGAUCUUCAUCGGUGGGUGGAUGUACUUUGGACAGGUUGUGACUGCCUACGGAUAUGCGUACUUUGCGCCGACUAUUAUCAGAACCUACGGCUACGAUGCAAUCAAAACCCAGCUCUAUUCUAUCCCUCCUUGGGCCGCUGCUUUCGGCUUCUCCAUGCUUAUUGCCUACCUUUCGGAUCGAUUCCGCCAUCGCUUCCUUUUCGCCAUGAUUCCCAUGGUCAUUGCGAUGGCCGGGUUUGCCAUUCUGCUCAAUGUUCACAAUAACCAUCACGUCCAAUAUGGCGCCCUGUUCCUCGUGACUGCCGGCUGCUACAGCGCAAUGCCGGUGCUGGUCUGUUGGUUCUCCAUGAAUCUGGGAGGUCAUCGCCGUCGCAGCGUAGGGACGGCUUGGCAGAUUGGGUUUGGAAACAUUGGUGGAAUCAUCUCAACCUACUCCUUCCUCAAAAAGGAUGCGCCCUUCUACCGCAACGGGUAUAUCAUCAGCUUAUCCUUCCUGUGCUUCUCAGCGGCGCUGGCCGUCGUCUACUUCUUGUCGAUUCUCCACGACAACAAGAAGCGCGACCGUGCUAUCGCAGAUGGAUCGAUUGAUCCGCAGGCACUGCCCGAAGAACAGUUGGAGUACAUGGGAGACCUGUCGCCUACGUAUCGUUAUGCGUACUGA